AUGACAGCACCAAUCUUUACAAAGAAACCCACGACCACAACGAGACAGAUAAGCCACAAAGUAUUGAAGUCAAUUUGGAAUAUAUCAACAUGUAAUCCGGUAACAGCUAGGAAGAUUGGAUUAAGCAAAGCCGCACAAAUUGUCUCCAGUUUUGUCAUCAAAGAUGUUCCUAUGGGUGGUCCUUCUGGAAGAGACAGGCCUAAAAUUAUUGGUCCCAUAGGAGAAUGUUGCCCAAUUACUUCACUGACUAAUCCAGAAAGGAGAACGAAAACAAAGAUGCAGACAAUGCAAAGUUCAUUAGUCGAACCGCUACCUAGGUGCUUUACCAACCAAAGUAUAAAUGGCCUCACCACAAAUACGAGAAGAAGAGCGAAUGCAAUUAUGGACAGAGCAAUGAAUAUUAGAGUCAGAAUGUCACCAUUCUUAUUCUCUAGUAUUGCAACCGCAAUCACUGUCAAAGCAAAGGUAGGCAUAUUACUAAGAAUUGCUACUGACAUAGCCAAUCGUCCCAUAUCAGUGUUAAGGACUUUGAUAUCUGUCAAGAGCACUGCUAUGCUAAUGAAUAUAGUAAAGCUUUGUGAGAAACCUAUCAUCGGAAGUGCUUUUGCAACACUUUUUUUCAUUGCAACAUGUUGCUUCAACAGCACGGACAGUCCAGUUGGGAUAACCAACGUAAAUAAGCAAACAGAUAUAGCAAGAGCUAGGGGUAGCUUUUCUGUCUUCAACAAUGUGUAG